ACACCCCGCUCUCCUCCGGCUGGCCCGACUCGGCGGUGGCAGUAGGGGCGGCGGCAGUGGCGGGGGGGAGGGGUCGGGCGGGGGGCUGGUGGCAGCGGCGGAUGGACUCGCGGGUAUCGGAGCUGUUCGGCGGCUGCUGCCGGCCCGGAGGAGGCCCGGCCAUGGGUGGAAACCUCAAAGCUCGGGGGGCCGGCGGUAGCAGCAGUUGCGGGGGCCCAAAGGGGAAGAAGAAGAACGGAAGGAACAGAGGAGGUAAAGCCAACAACCCUCCGUACCUGCCCCCAGAGGGAGAAGGGGAGUAGCCGGGACAAGAGCAAUGUGUUCCUUCCCUAUUCUUCAGUACCCACACACAUUAAACCAGAGAACAGUUAGACGUAGCCCUCUGCCCUUUCCUUGUCCUGUGGGGCUGUGGACACAGAGAAGAGUCCGCACGAACCCGCUCUGGGAGUCCUCAAGGCAGAGAAGACUACUUUCCUUCCUCUUAAAAUAGGAGAACCCAGUCGGGAGCUAGUGGGCUCGCCUUUAAGUCCCAUCACUCUGGAGAGAUGGCUCAGCGAUUAAGAGCACUGUCUGUUCUUCCAAAGGACCCCCAGUUCAGUUCCCAGCACCCACAUAGCUGCUCACAACGGUCUGCAACUCCAGUUCCAGGAAGUCUGAUGCCCUCACACACAUACAUGCAGACAGAACACCAAUGCACGUAAAAUAAAAAUAAUGUAAAAAAAAAAAAAAUCCCAUCACUUGGGAGUCAGAGGCAGGGGGAUCUCUGAGUUCAAGGCCAGCCUGGUCUACAGAGCAAGUUACAGGAUAGCCAUGGCUCCACAAAGAAACCUUGUUUUGAAAAACAAAGAUGGGAGAACCCAAGGUGGGAAGAGCUUCAAUGGGUGAUUAUGACUUUUAAGUGUGCACCAGAGUGAUUCAGGUUGCUGUUCCUGCUCAUAGAAUUCUGAUUCAGUGGGUGAGAGACGGGCCUGAUUGUUUGGCAUUUCUUACAAGCUAAUGUUGUGGUCUUAGCACCACAAUGGUCUUUGAGAACCAUUGGCCAAGAUUAUCUUUCUACCAUCUUUAUAGUCAGCUAUCCUAAUUAUUCACCUUCAGCAGAAGAGUAGAAAGGUUUCUUUGUUGAUGGGAAAAGAGCUCCUACGCAUUCCAUGGUGUGGUUGACAGUAUGGAUAAAGACACCUCUAAGGACUUUAAAGACAGCAUGAUGACCAAGAGGGAAAGAGAAAAAUAAAAUGGCCAGAGAGGAGGAGCGCAGAAAUGCAGGCAGACCAGGCAGACGGCUGAAGAUGGAAACAUCGAAUAUAAACUGAAGCUGGUGAACCCAUCUCAGUACCGCUUUGAGCACUUGGUGACACAAAUGAAGUGGCGGCUCCAGGAAGGACGUGGUGAGGCUGUCUACCAGAUUGGGGUAGAGGACAAUGGGCUGCUGGUGGGGCUGGCUGAAGAGGAGAUGCGGGCUUCCCUCAAGACCCUGCACCGGAUGGCAGAGAAGGUUGGGGCAGACAUCACUGUUCUUCGGGAGCGAGAGGUGGAUUAUGACAGUGACGUGCCCCGGAAGAUCACUGAGGUGCUAGUACGAAAGGUCCCUGACAACCAACAGUUCCUAGAUCUCCGUGUGGCCGUCCUAGGGAAUGUGGACUCAGGGAAGUCAACCUUGCUUGGAGUCCUGACCCAAGGAGAGCUGGACAACGGGCGGGGCCGGGCCCGGCUCAACCUUUUCCGCCACCUGCAUGAGAUUCAGUCUGGCCGAACCUCCAGCAUCAGCUUUGAGAUCCUGGGCUUUAACAGCAAGGGAGAGGUGGUGAAUUACAGCGACUCACGGACUGCAGAAGAGAUCUGUGAGAGCAGCUCCAAGAUGAUCACCUUCAUUGACCUGGCGGGCCACCAUAAAUACCUGCACACCACCAUCUUUGGCCUCACCUCCUACUGCCCCGACUGUGCCCUGCUCCUCGUCAGUGCCAACACUGGAAUCGCCGGCACCACACGGGAACACCUGGGGCUGGCCUUGGCCCUGAAAGUGCCCUUCUUCAUCGUGGUCAGUAAAGUGGACCUGUGUGCUAAGACCACAGUGGAGAGGACAGUUCGCCAGCUGGAGCGGGUCCUCAAGCAGCCUGGCUGCCACAAGGUCCCCAUGCUGGUCACCUCUGAGGAUGAUGCUGUCACUGCUGCCCAGCAGUUUGCCCAGUCACCCAAUGUCACCCCUAUAUUUACACUGUCCAGUGUGUCUGGAGAGAGCCUGGACCUUCUUAAAGUCUUCCUGAAUAUCCUGCCGCCCCUCACCAACAGCAAGGAGCAGGAGGAGCUCAUGCAACAGUUGACAGAGUUCCAGGUGGAUGAAAUCUACACAGUCCCAGAGGUGGGGACUGUGGUUGGAGGAACACUAUCCAGUGGGAUCUGCCGCGAGGGGGACCAGCUGGUGGUAGGCCCGACAGAUGAUGGCUGUUUCUUGGAGCUGAGGGUAUGCAGCAUCCAGCGCAACCGCUCUGCGUGUCGUGUUCUUCGAGCAGGUCAGGCUGCUACACUCGCCCUUGGAGACUUUGACCGUGCAUUGCUUCGCAAGGGCAUGGUCAUGGUGAGUCCCGAGAUGAAUCCCACCAUCUGCUCAGUGUUUGAGGCAGAGAUAGUCCUACUGUUCCACGCCACCACCUUUCGGCGGGGAUUCCAGGUGACAGUACAUGUGGGCAACGUACGUCAAACAGCAGUGGUGGAAAAGAUCCACGCAAAGGACAAGCUGCGGACAGGGGAGAAGGCAGUGGUGCGUUUCCGUUUCCUGAAACACCCAGAAUACCUGAAGGUGGGCGCCAAACUGCUGUUCCGGGAGGGUGUGACCAAAGGCAUCGGUCAUGUCACGGAUGUACAAGCCAUCACAGCAGGAGAGGCCCAGGCCACCAUGGGCUUCUGAGUCAUCCAAACAGCUCUACUGCUGUCCUACAAUACAUGAGGUGACUUCCGGCCAUGCUGCCCACUGUUGGCGGCUCUGUGUGUUAAUAGGCUAGGGAGAGGAGUGUCUGCUGCCGCUUGCUUCCUGCCACGUUCUUGGAGAGGUGUCAAGUUUGGUAUGGCCAGGGAGGGGCAGUCCUGAGGGAGAAGACGGUUCAGGGCAGUGCUCAGCAGCUGUGUGCUCCCCUGGUUGGGUCAUUAACCCUGCAGCUGCCUGGUCUUGUCUGCUGGAGGGAGGAGAACACAGCCAUCUUGGCCCACUAUCAGGACCAGGCAUGACUCACCAGUGUCAUCUCUGCACUUCAGGAAUUGUCAACAACUGAGGUGGCCCUUGUCAGCACUUCUUUUUUUAUACCUCCUCUCAAGGCCACGUAAGUUACCUAGCUCUACCUGACUGUGGAUAAAAGACAGUGCUCUACCCACCUGGUGGACCCAGGGACUGAAGCAAUGGCACAGAGACCAUGACAGACUGUGCUCCUAUCCUGGGUUGAGUCCCGAUGCAUAUUCCUGCUUCAUUUCCUUUUCUCAAGGGCCGCUUCCCCGGACCCUCCUGUCAUAGGCCCCACUUGGUGCUAUUUGUGGUGCUGGCUCAGGCGUGGGGCUGCCAGGCUCGGGCUUGGCACACCAAAGGCCAGCUGCAUGUCAGUUUCUCUCCUUCCACAGUUAUGUUGGCUUCCAUGCUUUUUCAGAUUGUGUGGUAGCCAUAGGACCUGACCCAGUUUGUGCCUCCUGGGAUCCUCAUCCCCAAUCCUGCUCUUACAUAAACCUUUUUCUUGUUUUAGUAAUUUGUAGUGAUCACCCCCUUCCCUCUGUUGCUGGGACCCAGGAGGAAAGGGGAAGAUGUCCUGUUUCCUAUCCUAGGUGUGGACGCCCGCCUUGCCCUUUGUUAGCUUCCUGGGUUCCCAUGAACUCAGGGAUUUGUUGGAAGAUUCUCUGCAUAAUAGAUAUAUAUGUAUAUAUAUUUAAAUACACAUAUAUAUUGUACAGAAUAAAAAAUGUUUUAUUGGA